AUGCAAAUAAAAGCCUUCUUGAAAGAUAUUCUCAAAAGCACCAUCUCAAUACUCUAUCUACUGCCUGAUAAAAAUGACUUGCACAACGCUGACAAAGGAUCACUGACCAUGGAUUGGAUGAUUCAACACAUGGGAUCCAGGGGCAACUAUCCAAACUACAAGUUGGAUAACUACAAAUCUGAUUACGCAAUGGAUGGCUACACGAUAGAGCAGAUUCAACUCAUUAUCCGUCAUGGCACCCGCUAUCCAGUGAGCAGUGGUAUGGAGUCCAUCAAUAACGCGCUUCUUACAUUGAGCCAAAGCAGCAACUUGGAAUUGAUGGGCUGGUUAAACGGCUACCAGAAUGAAUACCUGUUCAGUCGCACAGGACAAUUAGAUGCGAACGGGCAACAAGAAGAGUAUUUCAUUGGCCGUCGAUUUGCCAAGACAUAUCCUCAAUUUAUUCGUAGCUUGAUUGACAGUGAUUCCACAAUCAUCUCUCAGUGGUUGAGAGUCUCUUCAUCCUGGUCAAGCAGAACACUGCAAUCCGCACAAGCAUUCUGUGUAGGGGCUUUUGAAGGCUUGGGAACAUUGGGUCCCGCAAAUCUCAUGACGGUACCUGUCUUUAGUUUCAAGGAGAACAAUGAUUCACUGAUUGUGUUUCAUAAAUCCUGUCCUCGGUGGCAAAAGGAGGCAAAACUCCUUACAAAUCAAAUUCUGGAACCUGUAAUUCAACGUCUUGUAAGCCCUAUUGCUUCUAGACUCGCACAAGAACUGAGUAUUUCUAUUACAGUAACAGAUGUGCAAGACUUUCAUGACGCUUGCACAUCCGAAGUGUCCAUGCAUCAUACCAUUGACACAUUUUGUAGGCUAUUUACAAGGCAAGAUAUUGUAGCGUUAGAGUAUCUAGAUGAUCUGAAGCAUUACUACAAGUACUCGUAUGGAUUGCCUGAAUUGAAUGAGUACAUGGCGUGUGAUUUGGGCAAAUACAUCAUGGCAAGCAUCAAUGCAAUGAUGGAUAAAAAGGAGGAAGCCUAUAAAUUGGACAUCAAAUUUGGUCAUUCAGAGACAUUAUUGCCUCUGCGUACUCUCCUGGGGCUCUACCAAGGGCACUUGUCCCCUAAUUCUUCAAAUCAAGAAAUUGAGGAUCGACAAUUCAAACUAUCAGAUUUUGGGUAUUUUGCAAACAACAUGGCCAUCCAGUUAUUGUCAAAAGAAGGUAGAUUCUACGUACGCCUAUUAGACAAUGAGAAGCCUAUCUUAUUGUCAGGGUGCCAAAGCAUACAUUGUCCUAUAGAUCAAUUCCGAAAAGUCAUGGAGCUCAAGACACAAUGCAACUUUAUAGAAUACUGUAGAGUGAAUGUAAUUUAA